AUGGCCUCUCGCGUCUACACCAAAUUCACUCGUGAUUCGUCGAAUAUCCUUCGCACCACUCUUCUGCUCACCCUCAACAACCCACGUUCCGACAUCGUCUUUGACACCCCUUUCUCGCGCUUAGUAGGCGAGUCGUUCGUCCACAUCGCGCUUUUUACAUCGUCUCUGUGCCAGUCGCUCGGAACGGUGUAUGGUCGACUGUCCACGCACGGGGAGGAUAAGUCCCUCCAUGCGAGACGAUGGCUGGCGUCGACUACGAUGAUCGUCGAGUAUCAAAUCGAGAUGAGGGUCGGUAUGGAGGAAUCCUACCCUACUCCAUUAUCACCCAGCAGUUCCGGCAAUGGGGUGGAGAGCACAGAGAAAGAUGUGUGCAAUGCCAAUCCAAAUCCGGCCGUCUUCUUCGCUCCUCCGCCUCCCACCUGGCAUGCGUAUCCAUCGACAGUGUCUCCUCCAGAAUUGGCGCUUGUCGUUCUCCAUGCUCGCAGGCACGCAGGUUUUUUGGCGAUUGAUGGUUUCCUCCUCCUGGCACAGACACCAACUCAUCCACGAAGCGAAGAGACACGACUGCCAUUUUGGGAACUCGCCUCGCUCCUCCGCCUCAACAUGAUCGACGUCAUUGCCGGCGUUGCAGUUGGGCUAUCUGGAUCCAGUUCGCUGUCGGACGAGCAUAUGGAAUCGUACUCUGUCCUUGACCACUCGCUCUUCAUAACACGCAUCCAGACCUUGUCCAUAUCAUGAUUUGCAGAUCGUUGGAGAGGAGCGGGUCAUUCCCAUCUUCGUGUGUUCCAGGCCAGCUGCCGAUCGCGUACCCUCUGGAAGACAUGCAACCAACCUCGGUGACGGGAUCAUGGCGUAGGGUGCUCCAAGUCGCAUGUGCACGCGACUCGGCAAAGGACUAAUGAGCGAGUGCUAGCCACUACCAAUGCCCAGUAGCGCUUGGAUGGCGAGAUGGCUCCAAUACACGGAGGACAAGGAGCCUGGAAAUAUGAUGGUCCAUGGAAGGAUAGGAGGGAAAGCCAGUUGCGCAGUUGAGUGAUUCGAAAUUGCCACGGGAACUCAUGCUCAUCCGUGUGCAAGGAGAUGCUCGCUACCAUCCCAGUCCCGCUUCGCAGCCGACACCCCUUCUCUUUUGAUUCAAGACUUCGCUCUAUGGGUAGUCAGAGGAGAUAGAAUCCCCAU